CCCGGACGAAUGUCGCACAUGAGCGACGCUGACGACACCAUCUGACAGUGGCUGAUUAGCGAUCGUGGCGAAACCCGAGCAUAGAGAACACAACUGGAGUCCAGCAAGCAAGCAGAGUGAGGAAGGAAGGGGGGCGCGCGAGGCGUGGUGAUGGCGGUUUCUACAGAUGCCUUUGUUAGGGCAGCACGAUGGAGUUCAAGUAUGGCGGUGAAUGACAGAGGUCUGAGAGUGGAGAACGGUGUUUCGCAUCGGGUUGGUGAGAUGAGGUCCGUAAGCGGGAGCUGCGUGAAGGUGUCAACGGAUUGCGGAGCCAGCGACUGGUGGGCGAUGCCCACGGCGAACCAGGGUAAUUUUCUUGCUUUCGAGCGUGGUCAGCAAAGUUUGGGGUGGUUAGCGAGCAGACGGAAGGGUCAUAUUAUGGAGUGGAACUCGUUGACAACAACAGCAAGGGGAAGGAAUGUCAAGGCAGAGUCAGGGUGGGGCAUGGAGAGGGGGAAGGAGGAGGAGGAGCAGUGGGAGAAUAGUGAUAGGGGGAAGAGAGGAACAGUUUCAAUGACUGCGAGAUCGAGGGGAAGUGGUCAAACGCGAUCAGGGGGAUCCUCUGCGGCGAUAUCAACGACAAGCAGAGGGGAGAUCGAGACGAUUGUCGGGAAGAGUGAUGCUGCAAGGGUGGAGGCGCGGACACGUGUUGACGUGUUGGCGGAGGCAUUGCCAUAUAUGCAAAGAUUUCACGGGAAAACAAUUGUUGUUAAAUAUGGAGGGGCAGCGAUGAAGGAUGAGAGUCUGAAAGCUGAUGUGAUUAAGGAUUUAGUCCUGCUGACGUGUAUCGGCGUGAGGCCGGUGUUGGUGCACGGAGGGGGCCCAGAAAUCAAUCAAUGGUUGAAGAAGUUGGGGAUCCAGUCAGAGUUCCGGAAUGGGUUGAGGGUGACGGAUGGAGCAACAAUGGAAGUCGUGGAGAUGGUGCUCGUGGGGAAAGUGAAUAAAUCGAUUGUGUCAUUAAUCAACAAGGCAGGAGGAUCUGGUGUGGGGAUGUGCGGUAAAGACGCGGGGCUGAUUACAGCAAGAGCAUUGGACGAAAGCUUAGGGUUUGUGGGAGAAGUAGCAAGCAUGGACCCAACGGUGUUGACGGAACUCGUUGCGGAUGGGAGAAUCCCGGUGGUGGCAUCUGUGGCAGCCGAUCUAUCAGGCCAAGCGUACAACAUAAAUGCUGAUGCAGUGGCGGGAGAGCUAGCAGCAGCAUUGAAGGCAGAGAAACUGAUAUUGAUGACGGAUGUGCCUGGAGUGAUGAGAGAUAGUAAAGACAUCGCUUCGUUGAUAAAGGAGGUGGAUGUGGAGGGAGCAAGGGAUUUGAUGGCGGAAGGAGUGGUCUCCGGGGGUAUGAUUCCCAAGGUGGAGUGUUGUAUUCGCGCACUGACCAAAGGGGUGAAGAAGGCACAUAUCAUCGAUGGAAGGGCGCCGCAUUCACUCCUCCUCGAACUACUCACCGAUCAGGGAGCGGGAACCAUGAUCGCCCAUUAACGACAACAAGAAGACACAACUGUAAUUCAAUCUUGUCAUGAUGAUGACGGUUGAAUUAAUUGAAUUGUGACAAUGCAAUGGAAGGAUCCGGGUCAGAUCGCGUCAAUCCAACGGCUACCACUGAACACAAUCCAAUCAGAACUGUCUUCCUUCUUUGCACAAUCCGACAGCGUUUAUCGC